GGAUGGGGGUGAGUGAGGGUGUGGCUGAGGGAAAGGGCUGUUUUUAUUGGAUCAGUUGUUACUAGGGUCUUUUGGGAAAAAAGUGGCUUUUCGAGUUGGGCCUUGAAGGCUAUGAAAUAUUAUCAGGAUGCUAUUAAUGUUGUUUUUUCAUUCAACAAACAUUGAGCACCAGCUACCUGCUAAGCACCAGGGGUUCACAAAAUAAUAAGACGUGGAAGCGCAGAAAUGGGUUUUGAGGGAUGAAGAGGAGUUUGCCAGAUGGGCAAGAUGAGGUAAAUGGCUCAGAUGGAGGGAACAGCUUGUGCAGAGCUAUAGACAUGUGAAACAGCAGGCCCACGGUUUUGAUGAGGCUGUGGCUGGAUGUGAAGUACAUCAUGGUUGAGUAAUAAGGCUAGGAAAGGUAGUAGGGACCAGAUCAUGUAGGGUGAUGGAGGGUCAAUGGCAGACGCUGGCCACUCUGAAGGAGUUAAAGGUAGAGACAGCAGGUCUGUUAGCAAGGUCAUUGUCAGGUAAACACUGAUGGCAGCAUGAACACAGGAGAAAACAGUGAGGGUUGCUGUAUGGAGCCUGGACUGGAAAGAAGUGGGAUGACAUAGUGAGCCUCUUUAACACAUGCCUCAAACAUUUACUGAACACCUACUAUGUGCCAGGCACUGUUCUAGGCACUUGGGAUACAUCAGGGAGAAGAACAAUCAUGAGUCAGAGCUGAGCUCUCCCUUAGGACAACUCCCCUCCUCUUAAACUCAGUGUAGGGAUAAGGGGGUGGGGAAGAGCACAGCCCCCCAUCUGCUGCUCAUGGGGCAGGAGGGUGAGGACAGCAGCCCCCUGACCUUGCUUGGGCCUCUCUCUCAGCUCCUCGCCCCGCCCACAGCCAUGGCCACCAUGGUGGCCCAGAAGCUCAGCCACCUCCUGCCCAGUUUGCGGCAGGUCCACCAGAUGCCUCAGCCGUCUGUGCAGCCAGAGCCUGUGUUCAUGGUGGACCGAGCCGAGGUGCCACCCCUCUUCUGGAAGCCAUACAUCUACGUGGGCUACCGGCCGCUGCAUCGGACCUGGCGCUUCUACUUCCGCACACUGUUCCAGCAGCACAACGAGGCGGUGAACGUCUGGACCCAUCUGCUGGCGGCCCUGGUGCUGCUGCUGCGGCUGGCCAUCUUUGUGGGGACCGUGGACUUCCGGGGAGACCUGCAUGCCCUGCCCCUCUUCAUCAUUGUCCUCGCCUCCUUCACCUACCUCUCCCUCAGUGCCUUGGCUCACCUCCUACAGGCCAAGUCCGAGUUCUGGCAUUACAGCUUCUUCUUCCUGGACUACGUGGGUGUGGCUGUGUACCAGUUUGGCAGUGCCCUGGCACACUUCUACUACGCCAUUGAGCCCGCCUGGCAUGCCCAGGUGCAGACCUUUUACCUGCCCAUGGCUGCCUUUCUCGCCUGGCUUUCCUGCGCUGGCUCCUGCUACAACAAGUACAUCCAGAAGCCCGGCCUGCUGGGCCGCACUUGCCAGGAGGUGCCCUCGGCGCUGGCCUACGCACUGGACAUCAGCCCCGUGGUGCACCGCAUCCUCGUGUCCCCCAACCCUGCCAUGGAUGACCCGGCUCUUCUCUACCACAAAUGCCAGGUGGUCUUCUUUCUGCUGGCUGCCACUUUCUUCUCUGCCUUCACUCCUGAGCGCUGGUUCCCUGGCAGCUGCCACGUCUUUGGGCAGGGCCACCAGCUCUUCCAUGUCUUCUUGGUGCUGUGCACGCUGGCUCAGCUGGAGGCCGUGGCGCUGGACUACAAGGCCCGGCGGCCCAUCUAUGAACCUCUGCACACCUGCUGGCCCCACAACUUCUCCGGCCUCUUCUUGCUUACUGUAGGCAGCAGCAUCCUCACUGCAUUCCUUCUGAGCCAGCUGGUACGGCGCAAACUCAAUCUCGAUCGGAAGACCCAGUGAAGGGGGGUGGCAGCUUUUAGGGAGGGAGGUAUAGUGGGGGCCCAAGGGUCCGGGCUUGGCUCCAGAUGGGAACAAAGCCUGGUAAAAUUAAUUGUGUCUGGCCCGCGGUGACUUCUCUGUGCACGCCUCAGCUGCCAAGGGGGCCACUGGCCAGUCCUUGGAUUUGAGGAUUGGCUGGAGCUGCUGGGGUCCACUUCAGGGCCUGCCCCAGCUCCCUGCCCUGGGAGAGGGAAAGAGAAAGAUGUGGGCCACCCUGGUUUGCCUACCCCCAUUGCCUCUCACUUAGGGGUGAGGAUGGAGGAUCAGCUGGGGCCAAGACCCUGGCCUGGGCCUUCCAGAUUAUCUGGGAGUGGGUGAAGUUGAGAUUUAGGUCAGAGUCAGAUCUGAGCUGAGAGACAGGGGAAGCAUCAGCAACUGCCAUCUACCCAGAUUUCACUGGUAGAUAGGGAAAGGAGAGGCCCCAAAUGUGUGCAGAAUCUUACCAUUCUUGAACCCCAGCCUGAAAUUUUGGUGCUGCAGAGAGCCCCCAAAGAUAGAAGAUUGUGCCAGGUAGAAAUGGAUCCCAUCCAGUGCCCCAUACCUCUUCAGUCACUAUCCCAGACAGUGAGCCCUGACCUUCCUAGUUCUGGCUUCUAUGUCCCACACAUCCUGUUCCCAGUGACUUUCCUGGUUCCCUUGUUCAUGAUUCAGUGUUUAUCCAUUCAGUGUUUCUUGGGCAUCGGCUCAAAGGCAGACCACUGACUGGGCUCCGUGGAUCAAUGCAGGAUGGUAAAGGCUUUAAUAACGGAAUGAACUGUCAGGGGAAGCACUGAGGAGGGGAUAAUUAGUGUUGCCUGGGACCCUCAGGGUCUUGGGUUGGGAAGGGUGAAUAGGAGUUUACAGAUGGAGAAGAGGAAGGUCAUUCCAGGUAGAGGGGAAAACCUGUCCAAAGGCCAAGAGGUAUGGAAGAAGGAGUUCACUGCGGCUGGAGUUAGGAGUGGUCUGGACUCUGAUGUCCUGGAUGCAAUAAAGUGACUGUG